AUGUCAUUGAUCAAUGAGACGCAUGACUCGCUUCCAUACAUCGACGAGGACGUGACACCUCAGGUGCGCGCAGAGCUCAGCAGGCUCAUUGACGCGGAGCUUCCCCCAGACUACCGCUCGACCCUCCAUCCGUCCCUGCCAGAGCUCCCGCCGACCAAGUUCUCCCCUCUGAUAGAGCAGGAACUCGAGAGAAAGGCCAAAAACGAACCGAUCUCGGGCGGGAUUGACCUGUCUCGCUAUGAAGCUCCAGAGAUACCUUCUUCUUCCACAGACCCGAAUGCCGACCCUGCCACCGUGAUAGAUGACUGGCGACAGACCUUGCAGCGAGCAUACGCGGCACACCUGCAUCUGUCCACCAGGAAGGAAAACCUAGCAUUGCUGGAUGCCCAUGGCAAAAACGCGUGGUUGAUUGGCAACUCGCAGCUGGAAGAGAUUCUGCGGCGCACAGAAAAGGAGCUGCACGAUACCACUGAGGCCACUGAGGCAAUUAAUAGAGAGAGGAAACUAAAGCAGGAGAGCGUCAGGGGCGAGCUAGCGGCCUUGGAUGAUACGUGGAGACGGGGAGUAAGCGGAACGCUGGAUGUUGAGAUUGCAGCUGAGAAGCUCAGGAGGGACAUUCUAGACGUGAGGCGCCAACAAGCACAGUCUUAG